ACAGAUGAGGAUCAGAUGUUUGCAGCAGGCUUCCUUGAGGGUUUCAUUUCAGCAGAGAGGAUACAUGACUACUGGUCGAACACCCAUGAGUAUUUUGUUAAGGGGAUGAAUGCCAGCCUCGAAGCGCCACUGACAUGGCUAGAAGAGCAAGAAGGAUGGGCUCGCGCAAAGGUGGCCGAACACCAGGACUCGGCUUACUGGCAAAUGCUGGGCUUGAUCCUGCAGCAAUUUGACGGCCUAUACACAGGCGAGAUCCUAAUACUUACAGGGGAGAUAUAUGAUCUUUUAGAAGCACAGAGCGCAGGACUUCGCGACUCUGCCCCUGACCACCAAUCUGCCACACAAGUAUUCCAUGACAUGGCAUUGAAAGGGCGGUGCAGUGCUCUGAUCACAGUGACACCGGAUUUCAGCAAUUUGUUCAUGGGACACUCCACAUGGGACUCGUAUUCACAGAUGACAAAGGUCUUCAAGCAUUACUCUUUCCAGCUGCGCUUGCCUGGAGUGGCGGCUCAGCGCAUGUCAUUCUCCAGCUACCCUGGCGAGCUGUUCUCAGACGAUGACCUGUAUAUGAUGGACUCCAAGCUGGUGGUCAUUUCCACAACCAACAAGAUGUUCAACACCACCCUGUAUGAGGCCCUCACACCUAAAACCCUGGUGAGCUGGCAGAGGGUGAGGGUAGCAAAUGCCCUGGCUUUGUCUGGAGAGCAAUGGGUGUCUUUCCUGGACUACCACAACUCUGGAACUUAUAACAACCAGUACAUGGUGCUGGACCUGAAGCGGUUCACCCCCGGCAAGGAGCUGCCGGCAGGGCUGCUGUGGGUGGCGGAGCAGAUCCCCGGCCUCGUGGCCAGCGCGGAUCUCACCGAGCAGCUUGCGCGCGGCUACUUCCCAUCCUACAACAUCCCCUACUUCCCUCAGGAGAUGCGCGAGCGGCUAGCGGCCAGGGGCCCGGAGUUCAGCAACUCGGUGGCCUGGCUCAGCUACCAGCUGACUCCGCGCGCCAGCAUCUUCCGCCGAGACGCCGCCUCUGUUGCUUCUCUCGAUGACAUGCGCCACAUCAUGCGCUCCAACAACUUCACUAACGACAAGUUGUCGCAUGGCAGUCCGCUUGCUGCGGUGUGCGCGCGAGGCGACUUGGACACGGCCCUGCCCGAUGCCAGGGGCUGCUUUGACACAAAGGUGACAUCGUAUGACCUCGCGCUGGACCUACAGGCAGAUGCCAUCACUGGCCCCACCACACAGGGAGGCAUGCCUGCGUUCAAGUGGACCGCUCCAUUCAGCAGUGUGCCGCAUGCUGGGAUGCCUCGAGUAUUUGACUUUGAAUUUGAACGACAGCGGCCCCUGCUCUCCACUGCAGUGGCCUAG